AUGGCGAUCAGUGGUUGGUGCAUGGCGCUCGUAGCGCUGUGCCUGCUGGAGACAGGAUAUGGCCAAGAAGAGACAGGCGGGCCGCCUCCGAAUCCGGGGUUUUUGGUGCAGAGGGAAACUUUGCUGUCACGCGACUAUACGGGGUUCAACAUUCUCAUAGACCUAGCACUGGAAAGUGAUGCUAACGGGUUUUUUACACGCCAGGUUGUUGAGGCAACAAACACGCAUACUCGAUACGUGUAUAAAACACGGUCAAGCUUCUCCGCAACGCGGGUAAUUGAUGGCAACCAAACACUAUGGGAGUGUGCAUAUAAGCAUGCGGGACAAGUUACAAUUGAUGAUUUCGGUGGUUACAGUCUUAUGCAGCUGCAAGUAGACCUGGGUGAAAACCCCUUGGAAUUUGUGUACUACGAGAAAAGGAGUGCAUUAUGGGCGCAAAUUGACAGGAGAAUGUACAUCAAGGAAAUGUUUACCCGGCAGGUACAGGACGAAAUAGACCUGCGCCCCUCAGCAAUCAAACUGCUUGGAGGUUUUAAAGUCAGGAGCAUCAAAAACCCCGUCACACCUAUCGGAGCUCAGGUUGCGCCGAUGUUUGGCCACGUGAUCAAGACUAUAAAGUUCGGUCGGCGAACAUUGUGGGAGUACAGCCCAGAGGUUCAAACCGUUUGCAUUAGGGUUGAUAAGGUGGGCGCCAGCGGCGUUACGCUCCUCAUACUGCAUCUCAUAGAAAUCAACGAAAGGUACAGGGUGGCAUACAUGUACGGCAAAGGAAACCGCACCAUGAAAAAGCAAAAAUACCUCGAACUCUAUAAAAUAUUGUCUAUCAUCAGGCCGGUGCAUGUGCCCAACGUAAGGCUGCAGUUCGACGUUACGAUAAAACCCGAUGAGAACGCAAAACAGGUGAAGUCGUCUGACAGCAGUACAGACGAUGACGAGGAUGAAGACUCAGAUUCAUCACAAAUGAAGGCGCCGCUCAUCAAAAUCAUUGAGGAUGGGGACGUGGAGAAUGCGCUCAGCCAGGAGCAAUCCAAGCUCAAUACAUGGACGUGUGAGCAAUUGGAAGCCGACAACAGCAUAGUGUUGGAACAUGCGGGGGGCACGGUUUCGUGGAAUAUGGGGAUCCCUCAGGAGCAGGCUGGCAUCUCUAUCUCGACAAUUCAGCAAGACAAUGGCGACGUCAAGCGAAACGUUAUCACGCCGCGGAGAGGCGCUUUUGUAACAUGUCUAGACGAUGGCGAACGUCGAGUAUACACUGCGAAGGAUGAAUAUCCACAUAAGGUCGUUAAAGAGUUCGUCGCCAACGUGCUCGUGGUUGCCAUCUUUGCAACGCGACUCGACGGGAUGGCUAAACGCAGAUACUUUUUAAGGCGAAAAAGGGAGUGGAGUGAGACUAGCAAAGUCGGGUAUUUUAACACCAGGAAGCCCGUUGUUUUAGGCAGGGAUGUAGAUAUCGAUGAAAUGGAAACAUCAAACAGAAUAUUCUACAAUAAUAAAUAUGAAGGGAAGUGGUUGGCGCCAUACCUCAACUUCGGAAAGCAUGAUUCGAACGUAGAUGUAUCACCCAAAUUCACGUAUUCAGUCUCACGGGUCACAUACAAGAAACAGGAUCUCUGGGUCUUCAACAAGGCGGCAUUCGAGAUGGUGACAGAUAUCAAAAUAUGGCAACACGAGGAAGAAAGAGUGCUUACCAUUACCACAGUUAACGGUCGUGACAAACGUCAUGAGCGUAUGUUCCUUAUGACAAAUGACAAGUGGGACCUUGUCGAGGAAGGGGCAUUUGUCACCGCGUACAAAACGCCGUUAUUUAUAGACGCGGCCAAGUCCAAGCACGAUGGACUUAAUACAAUCACCACGUGGCCGCUACUACCCAAUCAGGACAACACCAUGAAGCCGCUUCUGGGAAACUAUAUACACACCGUGACUUAUGGAGACCAGAUGCUGUGGAAGCAGGAAGGGAAGGAUUACAUGUGCGACAGCGUAUAUAAUAUCGAGAUCAGAGGCGUCGUAAUUGUCACACUUAAAGUGUACGAUCGAUAUGGGGAUACGUACUACGUCUACUACCUGAAUGACGGCACCAACGACAAAUGGGUAGAAAUCGACGUAGUAAUGCUCACAUUCCUGGUAAGAAAUCUGCAAGCAAGUCGCGACUUCGCCGAUAUAUUGAAAAAAUACGAGUUCACGGCAGGCAAAUUUAAAGACAUAAUAGUGAAAGAUGCCAAAUCACCAACUGUGGAAUCAGAAUUGUGA